AAAAAUGUGUGCGUGUACAUUUUGCCCGACAUGCCCGCCGAUCCUGCCGUGCGGCACCGGACCGUGCCGUUACUACUGCUGUCCCCCACCGCAGUGCUGCCAGCCGUGCGUCCCGCCCCCCGUGCCUUGCACCCCGUGUCCCCCUUGCAAUUGCUGCGCCAGGUUCCGCCCGUGCCCGGCACCGGUCAUCCCGGACAUAGUUCCCCCUAUUGUGCCGAUACUGCCGCCCUGUAAGCCUCGUCGGUGCCCGCCGCCGGAACCGCCGCCGUAUUGCCCGCCGAGACCAGUGUGCUGUCCUCCAGUGUUACCUUGCUGUCCACCUCCCGAGCCAUGUGAUCCUCCACCGUGCCGCCCUUGCCCGGAGCCCAUACCAUGUUACCAGCCAGUGCUACCUUGCUGCAAUCCACAAUGCCCUCCUCCAAUCCUACCUAAACAACGACCGAUUUGCCCGAGAGCCCCACCGUGUCCUUACCCUUGCCUACCCCUCGGUCGCAGUUGCUGCCCAGAGAUCUGCGGAUUAGACCCCGUAACGCGACGACGCCCGACAAUAGUCCACAACAGUGUAUUGACGAGGAAUGUUGAUAAUAGGAGACAGCCGGUUCCCUGGUGUGUCAACCACGUGAACGUGCCCCUGAUCUAGUGAAAUUGGCUGUCCUUGUUUUGGUAACGUUUUAGUAAUGUU